AGCGCUAGCUGACCGCGGCCGCGGGGCGCGCGCGGCCGCGGGCCCGCGCCGCCGCGGGCCGGGCGCCGUUUCGAAGGCCACCUUCCAGGCGAUGCACGGGACAGGCGGCCCGAUGGGCACGCCGAUGACGCCGGCGGACUUGCGGUCGGGCGGCUACAUGGACACCUCGUAUCAGGACUCCGCCGACGAGUUCCUGCCCCGCGCGCCGCAGAGCUCGUGGGACCGGGGCAGGCGCCGGCGCACGGACAGCCCGCUGAGCAGGGAGAUGUCCACCCUGCUGAGGUACGAGAAGUGCGCUGGCCGGCAGGGCCUGCAGAUCUACGGGCAGGGGUGGGCCAAGCUGUCCGACGUCUCCAGCAUCCUCCAGCGGAGCCGCGAGGA